CUUUCGACAUUUCUGAUCCAUUGAAAUGGCUUCUUCGUCUUCGUCUUCGUCUUCGUCUCCGUCUCCUACGGCGAUGAAGGAAGGAGACUACUACCCAAACUGGGCUGAGCUUCCGCCGGAGCUAACGUCAUCGAUUCUCCACCGCCACGGCGCGAUCGAGAUAGUGGAAACCGCUCAGAAAGUGUGCAGAUCGUGGCGUCGCGUCUGCAAAGACCCAUCGAUGUGGCGCAAAAUCGACAUGCGUAACCUCGGAGACCAUGGGGACAUGUACUACGAGAAAUUGUGCCGUCACGCAGUUGAUCUUAGCCAGGGCGAGUUGGUUGAGAUCGAUAUCUGGCACUUCGGUUCUGAUUCUCUCCUCAGCUACGUCGCCGAUAGUUCAAGUAACCUGAGAAGCCUUAAAGUUGCACAGUGCCAUGAAAUAACAAGCGAGGGACUUAUAGAAGCAGUUGCCAAGCUUCCAUUGCUUGAAGAACUCGAGGUCUCAUACUGCUCAUUAUCAGAAGAGUCUCUGAAAGUCAUAGGCCAGUCUUGUCCAAACCUCAAGACCUUGAAGAAAAACUGCGUCGGUUACAGGCGUCCUCGAGACGAGUGUGAUGACGUCGCUCUAGCAAUCGCUGAAACAAUGCCAGGACUUCGCCACCUCCAGCUCUUCGGGGACAGGUUAACAGACGCUGGUUUAAACGCCAUUCUCGACGGUUGUCCUAACCUCGAACACCUUGAUCUGCGCCAGUGUUUCAACGUUGACCUUGUUGGGGAUCUGGAGAAGCGGUGUCUCGAGAGGGUCAGAGUUGUGAGACGCCCUAACGACUCGGUUCAUGAUUACCCGUUCGAUGCAACGGUUAACGACGUGUCUUCAUCCGACGAUGGCGACCCUUAUGGUUUAUCUGAUGUUGAUAUACUGUCGGAAGAUGAGUUCUACUAUGAUGACCUCUCAGAAUAUGCUAGUGACAAUUCUGACUUUGACCCGUACGAAUAUUAUUAUUAGGAUUGGAUCUGUGUUUCUAAAUGCGAUGGAUUCGCAGGUUAAAAAAACCUUUUCAAACUCCUUCACGACCUCCUCUCUAAUCAUGCUUGUAAUUUCGUUGGACUUGAGUGAUGUGUGUGACCUUUAGUAAUAUUUGUCUGUUUGCCUUA